AUGUCUCUCGAGCUCCUCCAGCAAUUCCCUCGACCUACCCUCGACCGUCCGUUCGGCGUCGAGUUAUGGCCCAUUUUCGACAAGGCCUUCUCGGCCGUGGCCGGGUACUCUGCCACCGACUUCAAGUUCGUUCAAGGCGAGACGCCCAUGUCGACUCUCAAAAUGACAGCAACCGCCCUGAUAUCAUACUAUGUCAUCAUCUUCGGGGGCCGCGAGUUGAUGCGCAAUCGUCCAGCGAUGAAGUUGAACGGGCUGUUUAUGAUCCACAAUCUAUAUUUGACACUUGCUAGUGGGAUAUUGUUGGCGCUGUUUAUCGAACAGCUUCUGCCCACGCUCUGGAGACAUGGGGUCUUUUAUGCGAUUUGCGAUCACCGUGGAGGAUGGACAAAGCAGCUGGUGAUUCUUUACUUCUUGAAUUAUAUCACCAAAUAUAUUGAGCUCGUGGACACAGUAUUCCUUGUCCUGAAGAAGAAGCCACUCACAUUUCUCCACACCUAUCACCAUGGUGCCACUGCUCUCCUUUGCUAUACUCAGCUAAUUGGUUUGACCGCUGUUUCAUGGGUCCCAAUCACACUCAACCUGAUGGUUCAUGUUGUCAUGUACUGGUACUAUUUCCAGAGUGCUCGUGGUGUGCGUGUCUGGUGGAAACAAUGGAUUACUCGCCUCCAGAUUGCUCAGUUUGUUAUUGAUCUUGGGUUUGUCUACUUUGCAUCCUACACGUACUUUGCUUCGACCUACUUCCCCCAUUUCCCCAAUGCGGGCAAAUGUGCGGGUGAAGAGUUUGCCGCCUUCUCUGGCUUGAUAAUCCUCAGCUCUUACCUCGUUCUCUUUAUCUCGUUCUACUUCGCUACAUACAAGAAAACUGGAAAAGGCGGGCGCCCACGACGAAACACCGGCAAGCAAGCAGCAAUUGCGAUGAAGAACCUGGAGGUCCCCCCGGUUGGGCUGCAACCGAAGACCAAUGGUGUUAGCAACGGCAAUGCCAAUGGCAGCAUCGCAACAAAUGGGACAGCUGUCUCCUCUGCUAGAGCCAAUGGCCCAGUCACACGCUCACGAAAAGCUUAA